AUGGCUGUGUACUGCUAUGCACUCAACAGCCUGGUGAUCAUGAAUAGCGCCGAGCAGGUGAAGAGCGGUGGCCCACGGCCUAGCAGCAGCGAGACGCCCCCGCCGCCGGGCAGGGCAGUGCUGAGCCCCGGCAGCGUUUUCAGCCCCGGGAGAGGCGCCUCUUUCCUCUUCCCCCCCGCCGAGUCGUUGUCGCCCGAGGAGCCCGGGAGCCCCGGGGGCUGGCGGAGCGGCCGGCGCAGGUUGAGCGGCGGCAGCGGCAGCGGCAGCAGCGUGGGCAGCCCGAGUUGGCCGGGCCGCCCGCGAGGGGACGGGCAGCAGGUGGUGACCGCCGGUUCCCUCUCCCCUCCGGGGCCAGAGGAGGCCCAGAGGAAGCUGCGAAUCCUGCAGCGCGAGUUGCAGAAUGUGCAGGUGAACCAGAAAGUGGGCAUGUUCGAGGCGCACAUCCAGGCGCAGAGCUCCGCCGUCCAAGCGCCCCGCAGCCCGCGUCUGGGCAGGGCUCGCUCGCCCUCCCCCUGCCCCCUCCGCAGCAGCAGUCAGCCCCCAGGGAGAGCCCUGGCUCAGAGCGAGGAACGGAGGACAAAGUCGUGGGGGGAGCAAUGUCCAGAGACUGCAGAGGCCGGUUUUUCGGCCCGGAGAGUAAGGGCGCCGGGCCUGUGCCUCUCCGAGGGCGACGAGGGGGUGGCACAUCUCCCCCGCCCGGUCGCCCCGUCAGGACCAGGGGCUCAGGGUGCAGCGGUUUCUGCAAGAAUGGAGAAAGGGACCCCGGCCAGACCCCACUGUGGCUCACUCGGAGCUAUGGAAAUUGACAAGAAAGUCUCUCCGCCUUUAGGGACGCGCAGCUGCCAAGCUCCCCCGUCCGGGCUGGCCAGCGUGAACUUAGGGAUGGCCACAGAGGGGACAGCGAGAGCCACAUCCAGUGGGCCACACCAUCCACAAGACGCUGGCUUCAUUGAGCGGCCUGAGCGGGCCAGCGAGCUCGGGGGUGUGCACCCCGGGGAAUCCCUGGUGCAGAGUCAGGGGCAGUCUGUGGGCAGCCAGACAAGCCCAGCCCCAGAGAGGGGCAGGCCGCGCAGCGGAGAGCCCCCUGGGAAGGUGGGGAAAGGAGGUCCUCCCGGUGGUGCUCAGGGCCCCGGGGCACCUGAAGCCGGAAGGCCAGAGGACAGGACUGUGAACGCGCAAAGCUCGGAGCUUUCUGAGGCCCCGAGCUGGGUCAGGCCACCCCAAGACCUGGGCUCUGUAGGCCCUGAGGUGACCCAGGGUGGGGCCCCAGUGAUCAGGGAGCCUCCACAGCACUGCAGGGGAGUGGAUGAAGGGUCUCCAACAGCGUGGGGCUUGCUUGGGGGCAACCGCUCUGCCCAGCCAGGGACCCAGGAGGUGGACGCAGGAAUUCCCUCUGGCCGAAUACUGGAGCUUUUGCCCUCCUGGAAAGCCGCGAAAGAUUUGAAAGAACUUCCGUGCCUUCCUGGGAACAGGCUGGGGGUGCAGCCUGGGAGCUCCGGGCCUUGGCUGGGCCCCAUGGAGGCAGCCCAGCUGGCUUGGACGUGUGGCACAGGGGUGCAGUCGGAGGGUGCUUGGGGAAGCCCCCAGCAGGACAGAGCUACCCACCCCAGCCCGGAGCUGGAUGGGAAGGACAAGCCUUCCCGGAGAGAGGCCUGCAGCCCCAGCAGUAUACCCGCGGUCAUCAUCACAGACAUGGGUGCCCAGGAGGACGGGACCUUGGAGGAGGUACAGGGAAGCCCCCGGGGUAGCCUGCCCUUGAGGAAACUGUCAUCUUCAUCUGCCUCCUCCACGGGCUUCUCCUCCUCCUAUGAAGACUCAGAGGAGGACAUCUCCAGUGACCCUGAGCGCUGCCUGGACCCCAACUCCGCCUUCCUGCAUACCCUGGACCAGCAGAAGCCCAGAGUGAGCAAAUCAUGGAGGAAAAUAAAAAACAUGGUUCACUGGUCUCCCUUUGUCAUGUCCUUCAAGAAGAAGUAUCCCUGGAUCCAGCUGGCAGGACAUGCAGGGAGCUUCAAGGCGGCGGCCAACGGCAGGAUCCUGAAGAAGCACUGUGAGUCUGAGCAGCGCUGCCUGGACCGGCUGAUGGCCGACGUGCUGAAGCCCUUUGUGCCCGCCUACCACGGGGACGUGGUCAAGGACGGGGAGCGCUACAACCAGAUGGACGACCUGCUGGCCGCCUUUGACUCUCCCUGUGUGAUGGACUGCAAGAUGGGCGUCAGGACCUACCUGGAGGAGGAGCUCACCAAGGCCCGGAAGAAACCCAGCCUCCGCAAGGACAUGUACCAGAAGAUGAUCGAGGUGGACCCUGACGCCCCGACCGAGGAGGAGAAGGCCCAGCGGGCUGUGACCAAGCCUCGGUACAUGCAGUGGAGGGAGACCAUCAGCUCCACCGCCACCCUCGGGUUCAGGAUCGAGGGCAUCAAGAAAGAAGACGGCUCCGUGAACCGGGACUUCAAGAAGACCAAAACGAGGGAGCAGGUCACCGAGGCCUUCAGAGAGUUCACUAAGGGGAACCGCAACAUCCUGAUCGCCUACCGGGACCGACUGAAGGACAUUCGUACCACCCUAGAAGUUUCUCCCUUCUUCAAAUGCCAUGAGGUCAUUGGCAGCUCGCUCCUCUUCAUCCAUGACCAGAAGGAGCAGGCCAAGGUGUGGAUGAUCGACUUCGGAAAAACCACGCCCCUGCCCGAGGGCCAGACCCUGCAGCACAACGUGCCUUGGCAGGAGGGGAACCGGGAGGAUGGCUACCUCUCGGGCCUGAACAACCUCAUCGACAUCCUGACAGAAAUGUGCCAGGGCGCCCCGCUGGCCUGAGGCCCCCCCCUGCGCCCGCCUCGCCACACCCUCCCUUCCUCCCCCUCUGCUUCCUUUCUCCUCCUUCCUUUUCCCUUCGCGU